CAAAAACCAAUCUAAUAAAACAUUUCAGCCUCAUAUUUACAGACUUCAGCCAACACUGAACACACUCUCAUGGCGUCAAAUCCAAUUCCUCCUCCAUCAUUCAGACCACCAAGAACCGACCCAUUAACCCGAAAGAAUCUCACUAUACCCGGGUCCAAACCCAGUGACCCGAAUUAUUCACUGAAGCUUGAGAAGCUAAAGGAGAAAGAAGCAAAAGAGAGAAAAGAAGAAACCAAUAAAAAGAUAGCUUCACAAAAAGCCAUAUCUAUAAUUCUACGUAGAGAAGCUACAAAAGCAGUUAUUGAGUACAAGAAAAAGAAAGGGAAUUCUAAGAAGCUUUUGCCUCGUACUGUUCUUGAAGCUCUUCACGAACGUAUUACUGCUUUGCGUUGGGAAUCUGCUCUCAAGGUCUUUGAACUCCUCCAGGAGCAGCUGUGGUACAGGCCCAAUGCUGGUAUUUAUAUCAAAUUAAUUGUCAUGCUUGGGAAAUGUAAGCAACCCGAAAAAGCUCAAUCCCUAUUUGAGAUGAUGGUGGAAGAAGGCUGUGUCAUGAAUCAAGAAGCUUAUACUGCUCUUUUGUCUGCCUAUAGCCGUAGUGGUCUUUUUCACAAAGCUUUUUCUAUCCUAGAAGAGAUGAAGAACACUCCAAACUGCCAACCCGAUGUCUACACAUAUACUAUCCUGAUAAAGUCCUGCCUUCAGGUUUAUGACUUCGAUAAAGUGCAAAUCCUGCUUUCGGACAUGGAUUAUAUGGCAAUUAAACCCAAUACAGUAACAUAUAAUACACUCAUUGAUUCCUAUGGCAAAGCAAAAAGGUUCAAAGAGAUGGAAUCCACACUUGUUGAAAUGCUGCGGCGAAGAGACUGCAAACCAGAUGUGUGGACCAUGAAUUCAACAUUGAGAGCGUUUGGUGGCAGCGGGCAAAUAGAAAUGAUGGAAAAAUGCUACGAGAAGUUUCAGAGCGCUGGAAUCGAACCCAGUAUCAAGACCUUCAACAUACUCUUAGAUUCAUAUGGGAAAACAGAAAAUUAUGAGAAAAUGAGUGCUGUAAUGGAGUUUAUGCAGAAAUACCAUUUUUCAUGGACGAUAGUUACUUACAAUAUCGUAAUAGAUGCAUUUGGAAGGGCUGGGGAUUUAAAGCAGAUGGAAUUUCUUUUUAGGCUGAUGCAGUCUGAGAGGAUAAAACCAAACUGUGUUACUCUUUGUUCACUUGUAAGAGCAUAUGGGAAGGCUGGUAAAGCUGAAAAAGUCGGAGCUGUUUUGCGAUUCAUUGAGAAUUCUGACGUGGCACUUGAUACCGUGUUUUUUAACUGCCUAGUGGAUGCGUAUGGGAUGCUGGGAUGCUUUGUGGAGAUGAAAGGGGUGCUCGAGAUGAUGGCAAGAAGUGGAUGUAAGCCAGAUAAGAUAACGUACAGAAGUAUGAUUAAAGCCUAUUCAGUAAAUGGAAUGACUAGCAAAGCAACAGAGAUGCGAAGCCUACUUGCCUCAUUGGAGAAGGCGUGAUAGCUUCAUAGUUGAAAGGGCUAGGUAUUCCAAUGGACAAUAAGGUGUUUUAACGAUCACAUGCCGUUGGUACGAUAACUUCUGAGAUGCUGUUGUUGUGGCUUCAGAUACAGGUGCAAGAGUUCUCAGUCGCCUCAGCGUUGAACUGAAUACUGUCGAUGAAGGAAAAGGAUUGUCACUAAACAGCUUAAUUUGUCGAUGAACACAAUCAGCUGGAACUGGACUAUGGUCAAGAGGAGCAGUCAAUGCAGCUUAGACCACCAACACAGAAUCAGUUUUCCAAGUCCAUGAUUAGGCUUCCAUCAGUCUCUUGAGGCUCAAUUGAAGUAGCAGUCAAACAAUUGUCUUUCUCAGAUGUGCCUAAGAAAUAUUCACUAUGACAAACAACAACAAACCGAGUGAGGGGAAGGUAGUGUGUACACAUACCUUACUGCCAUCUUGUGAAGAUAAAGAAGCUGUUUCUGAUAGACGUUCGACUCAGGAAAAGCAUAGUCACAACAUUGUUGAACUAUUCACUAUGGCAAAAUCAUAGUUAUAUCUUAGAAUGA